AAUCAAAACAAAAUGAGCCAAAUUGAAAGCAUUUGGGGAAAGGUUCAGCUAAAAUCGUCUCCUGAGAAGUUCUUUGGCUUCUUCAGGAACCAUAUGGGCGAUUUGGUCCAUAUGUUCCCUGACCACUUCCAGAGCUUCCACUUUGUCGAAGGACAAAACUUCGACGAUGGCAGCGUCGUGCACUGGAAAUACCACCUCGGAAUUCCAGAAGCAGUAAAGAUAAAGAUGAAGAAUAGGGAUGAAGCAAGGACCAUAAUUUAUGAAGUUGUUGAAGGAGAUGCAUUAAAGCAUUACAAAGUUUUCAGAGCCAAACUUGAAACUGUUAGUGGAGGGUUAAACAAAGUGGGAGGAAGCUUUGCAAAAUGGACAAUUGAGUAUGAAAAGGCUCAUGAAAACGUUCCUUCACCAGAAACCUACAUGGAAUUGGCUCUCAAAGUCAGCAAAGGUCUGGAUGCUUAUCUUUAUCGGAACUAAACCUCUAUAACAACCAAGUGCAUGCCCUAAGUUAAUGCCUUUUCUACUUGGUUUGCUCUUAAAUAACAACUUCUAUGUGUAAUGUAAUGUUAUGUUGUAUAAUUAUGUGGGAUUUGGUGAAAAUGUGUGUUUAUAUUUGAUCGAAAGGGUAUGUAUGUGUGUGUCAACCCUCUUAAAAACUCAAUGGGAAAUUUGAUUUCAAGUGUGUUUGUAAGAGUCUAAGCCUAUCGCUAAUGGAUAUUGUAACGACCCUAAAUUUCUACAUACUUAGAGUUGUUACUAAC